AUGUGGGUCUCUUCGGAAUCUUCAGCGGAAAUCAAGGCGAUGGGCAACCUAUCGAACUCGUGGCAAAGAUGCGCUAAAGCUAACUCGGCAUUCAACUCAUGGCCCAAAUGCCUGUGGUCUACCCUCAUCGCCAACGAAGUCAAGCUACAAGUUUACUUAUCUGCAAUUCGUUCUAUUAUGAUACAAUUGCUAGGCUACUUUUGGGCGAUGGCGUGCCAUAACAAAGAACUUUACUCGGAAGUGGACAUAGUGUACUGUCAGAUGACACGUGGAAAAAGAAAACUACAUCUUGCCCCGACUUCUAAAGUAGUCACGGAAAAUCGUCUUCGUUUCUUUGGUCACGCUAUGAAGAGACCGUCUGAUCAUCGUGUCCACGUUGUCCUGAGGGUGGUUCCAGAACCUAGUUGUAAAAGACCACUUGGUCGUACCACUAUUAGCCUGAAAAAAACGAAUAUUACAACAGAAAAACACCAAGUACAGGACAAUGAGGAGUCAUACGACGAAAUUGAAGGGCAAAAGUCUUCCACCAGUCAAUUGAACAGCAAGAGUAUUGUUAUUAUUGCUGCAAGUGCAUUGUUAAUCGUGUUCGUGCUGAUCAGCAUAAUUGUAUAUUUCGUUGCUGAAAGGAAAAGCCACAAAAGAAAAAUGAAACUAAGAGAACAAAUGGAUAGAGAGGAUGAAAUACGAAGAAAAAGAAAACAAAUGAGAGGGAAGUCAAGAAAGAAGAAGAAAAAACGACGUAAAUCAGACACUGAUUCGAAUGAUUCGAAUUCUGGAAAGAAACGGAAGAAAACACAGGGCACACCGUCGGAGAAAAAAGGAAGCUCGGUGAGGAAAGCAGUUGCCGACUACUUGGAAGCUCAACUAAAAACUUGUGUGAUGGCUGUCGAUCCUGAAAAAGCUGGAGGUGAUGUGGGAACAGUGAAACCAGAAGAUCUUGAGGAUGGCGGUUACUUUGGAACGCCGAAAGCAGAAAAUAAACAAGAAAAUGCUCCAGAUAACAAGCAAGAAACUCCAGCAAAGUAG